AUGUCUUCAUCAAAUUCAUGGCAUGCACUCGAAUCAGAUCCUGAUUUAUGGCGUGUCUAUAUGGAUAAAUUAGGUGUAGAUAUCAAUUCAUUUGAUUUUAUUGAAAUUUAUACAUUAGAUGAAGAUUAUCCACCGGAUGAAGCAAUAUAUUCUUUUAUUUUUCUUUAUCCUGAUAGUGGUUCAUCAUCGCCUAAAUUACAAGUAUCACAAUCUUUACCUAUUGAUGAUAAAUUAUGGACAAUUAAACAAAUUGAGGAAUUAGAUAGUUGUUGUUGUCUUAUUGCACUUCUUCAUUCAAUUGGUAAUAAUUUAGAUAAAAUUAAAUUCAAAUCAAAUUCUCCUUUGGCUGAAUUUUUUGAAAAAACUAAAACAAUGACUGCCGAUGAACGAGCUACGACUUUGUUGAAUGAUAAAACAAUUCAUCAAGCUCAUGAAGAAAUAGCUGAACAAGGACAAACAGAAAUGGUUGAUAGCGGUAGAGUUGGUUAUCAUUAUAUAGCUUAUAUUGUAUCAAAAAGUAAUAAAUUAUAUGAAUUGAAUGGAAGUACAAAAGGACCCCAAGCAAAAUUCAUUGGGGAAUUAAAUAAUGAAAGUUUUUAUUCUUAUAUCACUCGAGAAAUAAAACAAAGAGUGAAUGAACUCAAUGGCGAUAUUCGAUUCAAUUUGAUUGGAUUAACAAAAAAAUAA